GGACUGUCUGGACCACUAACGCAUUACGUCAAAGCUGCAGAGAGACGUGGCAUUCAGGUUGAAUACAAAUACUCUCCUCUCAGCCGCCAGAGAUGUAAGUAUGAUAACCACAAACUCGCUCAACAAAACAUGGAAGACGUCGCAGACCAACUGGAUAUUUUCGGCCAACAGCAAGGGCUGUACAAGCUUUACACCCAACUAUGCCUGUGCUUUCGGAUGGGCAGUGGUGUAUCACAGUCAGAGAUUGUUGGCACACUGACGGAAGGACUCGAGAGACUAACUGCCAGAUUUCCAUGGGUCGCAGGCCAGGUCUCUCGCGAAGAUGCCCGUGAUGGCACCCGGAGUCUCUACAGAAUCAAACCCUUCGAGAAGACGCCUCGGCUGGUGGUCAAGGAUUUCAAAGAUGGAUCGUCGAUACUGACGAUGGAUAUCCUGCGUCAGGCCAACUUUCCGUUCAGCAUGUUAGACGAGUCCAUCAUUGCACCCAUCAACACCCUGGCGGCAGGCACAGACGGACCAGCGCCGGUUUUUGUGUUGCAGGCCAAUUUCAUCCCGGGCGGGCUCCUGCUCACAUUUGUGACACAGCAUAAUACCAUGGACAUGACGGGUAUGGCUCAAAUCAUGCAUCUCCUCUCAAAGGCCUGCCGCAACGAUCCAUUCACGGCCGAGGAAAUUUCCAACGGCAACCUCGACCGACGCAACCUCAUCCCACUCCUGGACGAGGCGUAUAGGCCAGGACCCGAACUCUCUCAUCAGAUCGGCAGGCCUCCUGCGCAUGAGGGUGCCACAAAAGCCGCCGAAGGCCAGUCUGAGCAGCCCGGGCCUGAACCUCCAAAGUGCAGUUGGGCCUACUUUGUAUUCUCGGCCGCGUCUCUUGCCAGUCUGAAAUCGCAGGCCAUGCAAUUCCUCGCCAACAACGUAGCCUAUGUCUCGACCGACGACGUUCUGAGCGCCUUCAUCUGGUCCUCUGUGUCCCGAGCCCGCCGUCCUCGCCUGGACCCUGCCCGAGAGGUCACCUUUGCACGAGCGAUCGACCCCCGGCGAUACCUGGGAAUUCCGGCUACGUACCCGGGACUCGUCCAGAACAUGACGUACACCACAUACCCUCUCGACGCGCUCCUCGCUGCACGUCUGGGUAGCGUCGCCUCGAAACUCCGAGAAGCCGUCGACCCCAAGACUUCGAACCUGGCCUACGCGACCCGUGCACUUGCGACGUGGCUUCACCACGCACCGGAGGACAACAACGUCAAUGUGACGGCGACGCUGGACCUGUCUGUGGACAUCAUGCUGAGCUCCUGGGCCAAGUAUGACUGCUACGACCUCGACUUCAACCUGGGACUGGGGAAGCCAGAGGCUGUCCGCAGGCCACAGUUUGUGCCGGUGGAGAGUCUGUUCUACUUGAUGCCCAAGAGCCCCGACGGCGAGAUUGCAGCGGCGCUGUGCCUGAGGGAGGAGGACCUGGACCGGCUGAGGAAGGUCGAGGAGUUCAUGAAGUAUGCGGUCUACGUCGGAUGAAGUGGCUUGCACGGGUGAGUAGCUUGUCAGCUACAUCCGCCGUGAUCAUGAUUGACGAGUUCAUCAUAACGCCGUAGACAUAUCCCAUGAAUUGAAGGCAGUGACUGACUUGGAUGAGG